AUGGAGCUACACGGAGAAGAUGAGCAACCGCCACCACCGCAGCAGCCCUGGGCACAGAGUCUAGGCUCAGAGGAGGACGAACCCCAAAUACUUCUUUGGAAAAGUGAGUGGACCAUCAGAAGGAAGGAGAGCAAUAAACAGGUCUCUAGAGAUCACUGUAAACUUAUAGUGGAUGAAAAAUCUGGUGAGGCAGCACUGGAAGACACCAGCACCAAUGGAACAGUAAUCAACACGCUGCAAGUUGUCAGGAAGCAGACUCACCCUUUACAGAGUGGGGAUAUCGUCUAUUUGGUACACAGGAAAAAUGAUCCAGAACACAAUGUGGCAUACCUCUAUGAAUCUUUAAAUGGCAAACAGAUCCUAACUCAAGAAUCCCUUGGACCUGGGAAUACAAGCAUCUCCCCAAAAGAAUGUAGUUCACUUGUUGCAAAUGGUGAACUCUCUAGCCUUUUUCCAGUUUUCCAAGACAAAGAAGCAUCCUUUUCUUUGUUGGAAAUCGAAGACCCCGAGGAAUUGGAGCCAGCCCCCCUCCCAAAAAAAGGAGAUGAGGAGCUUGACUUGAACCUCCAGUUAUCAGUCGCAGACCAGCGUGUAAAUGCCCAAAUCUCAAGUGAGGAUGUCAAAGAUGCCUCUCUGAAGCCAAACAAGAUGGAGGAGACACUAACCUGUAUCAUCUGUCAAGACCUUCUGCAUGAUUCUAUGACUUUGCAGCCUUGUAUGCACACAUUUUGUGUGGCUUGCUACUCUGGUUGGAUGGAGCGUUCAUCUCUCUGCCCUACCUGCUGAUGUCCAGUGGAGCGGAUUUACAAAAACCACAUCCUGAACAACCUCAUGCAAGCCUACCUUAUCCAACACCCAGAAAAGAGUCGCAGUGAAUAAGAUGUGAGAAGUAUGGAUGCAGGAAAUAAAAUCACUCAAGAUAUGCUGCAACCCAAAGUCAGGAGGUCUUUCUCUGAUGAAGAGUGGAGUUCAGAGGACCUGCUACAGCUGUCUGAUGUUGAUAUUGAAUCCUCUGACAUCAGUCAGCCAUACAUUGUAUGCAGACAGUGUCCUGAAUACAGAAUAGUGCAGUCUCUUCCUUGCCCAGUUCUAGAUAGUGAGCUGGGAGCCACACAGGCCCUUGGUGAGGAAGCACCUUCAACAUUUGCCAGCUUGACAACCGCCCCGAGUUAUAUGUACCCCUGUAGGGUGCCCUCCUGUGGUGAACAACGAACUCUUGAAAUUCAGGACGGCGACAUCGGUAAAUUCCCGGAUAAGGGACGAUAA